CGCGGUGACGUCACUACCGUCGCCGCUCACGUUCCUGGUUGAGACGAUACUGAGAGCGGUGAGCCAGGGAGCGAUAACAGUAAAUAAAGCGCAUCCCCCCCACCUUCCUCCGUAACCCGGCCGGACAGCGGGCAGGGCGGCUCUCGGAUGUUACACGGCCCCCCGCUCGGUCCCCUCACACAGGCCCCGGGUUCUCCCCGCCCCGUGCCCGCGGGAGCCGCUGCUUGCUGUCAGUACGGGCAGGGUGUGAGCUCAGCGCACGGCACGGGAACAUGGCGGCCGUGGAGCUGGAGUGGAUCCCGGAGACUCUGUAUAACACGGCCAUCUCCGCGGUGGUGGACAGCUACAGCCGAGCCCGGCGGGACAUCCGCAGCCUGCCCGAGAACAUCCAGUUUGACGUCUAUUACAAGCUUUAUCAGCAAGGUCGUUUAUGCCAAUUAGGAAGUGAAUUCUGUGAAUUGGAGGUUUUUGCCAAGGUACUACGUGCAUUAGACAAAAGGCAUCUGCUUCAUCAUUGCUUCCAAGCUUUAAUGGACCAUGGAGUAAAGGUUGCCUCAGUGCUGGCCUUUUCGUUCAGCAGGCGGUGUUCUUACAUUGCAGAAUCUGAUGCCCAGGUUAAAGAAAAGGCAAUACAGAUUGGUUAUGUUCUUGGUGGCUUUCUCUCAGAUGCUGGCUGGUACAGUGACGCUGAGAAGGUGUUUCUCUCUUGUUUACAUCUUUGCACCCUUCACAAUGAAAUGCUGCAUUGGUUCAGAGCAGUAGAAUGUUGUGUCAGACUACUGCAUGUGCGAAAUGGCAACUGCAAAUACCAUUUGGGAGAAGAAACCUUUAAACUUGCUCAGAACUACAUGGAUAAGCUGGCCAAACACAAUCAGCAUGCAAACAAGGCAGCUCUAUAUGCAGAACUCUGUGGCUUGCUCUUUGCUAAAAGCCACUAUGACGAGGCAUAUAAAUGGUGCAUAGAAGCCAUGAAGGAAAUCACAAGUGGAUUACCUGUAAAAGUUGUGGUGGAUGUUCUAAGGCAGGCGUCUAAGGCUUGUGUGGUAAAAAGAGAGUUCAAGAAGGCAGAACAGCUGAUAAAACAUGCCGUUUAUCUGGCAAGGGAGAAUUUUGGUCCUAAGCAUCCCAAGUAUUCAGACACACUACUAGACUAUGGAUUUUAUCUUCUCAAUGUAGACAACAUAUGCCAGUCUGUUGCAAUAUAUCAGACUGCUCUUGAUAUCAGACAGUCAGUAUUUGGAGGUAAAAAUAUCCACGUGGCAACCGCUCAUGAAGACUUGGCCUACUCUUCCUAUGUUCAUCAAUACAGUUCAGGAAAGUUUGAUAAUGCAUUAUUUCAUGCUGAGCGAGCCAUUGAGAUCAUCACUCAUAUACUCCCAGAAGACCAUCUUUUAUUGGCAUCCUCCAAAAGGGUUAAAGCACUUAUAUUAGAGGAGAUUGCUAUAGAUUGUCACAACAAGGAAACAGAGCAAAAGCUUCUUCUUGAAGCUCAUGAUCUUCAUUUAUCAUCCCUGCAACUUGCUAAGAAAGCCUUUGGCGAGUUCAAUGUACAAACCGCCAAACACUACGGAAACCUGGGCAGGUUAUACCAAUCCAUGCGAAAGUUUAAGGAAGCUGAAGAAAUGCACAUCAAGGCUAUCCAGAUCAAGGAACAACUCCUUGGACAAGAGGACUAUGAAGUGGCAUUGUCUGUGGGUCAUUUAGCAUCACUUUAUAACUAUGAUAUGAAUCAAUAUGAAAAUGCAGAGAAGCUUUAUCUCCGAUCAAUAGCUAUCGGGAAAAAACUAUUUGGUGAAGGAUACAGUGGACUAGAGUAUGAUUACAGGGGCCUCAUUAAACUGUAUAAUUCUGUUGGCAACUAUGAAAAAGUAUUUGAAUAUCACAAUAUACUGGCCAAUUGGAAUAGGCUACGGGAUCGCCAGUUUUCUGUAACGGAUGCCCUGGAGGAUGUAAAUACCAGCCCGCUGUCAACAGAAGAAGUUGUACAAUCUUUUCUCAUGUCACAGACCAGAGAAGGACAAACCUGUUAAAAAGAAAACUGGUCAUCUUUAUGCAUUGCGUUGCCCAGUGUUCAUGGGGAAAUUUAUACUGUGAAAUUGUACAAACAAAGAAGGAUAAUGGAUUAAGGACAUGGUCCUCGCCUUUUGGGAAUUACGCUAGAGAAGACACAGCUUUCUGCUUGUUGGAAGAUCUUUUACAGAUUGAUCAGAUGAUACUCCACCUUUUCUACUUCAAGCAAAUGGAUACAGAACCAUUGUGUCAAUUGUUUGCAGCUCCUACAGGAAGAUGCAAAUAAAACAAUUUAAAGAGUUUAUAAGAGUUUCGCUACCUGAUUUUCUUUUAUUUAUCCCAGUUUCAUUUUCACAAGAUGUUUUCACAUUAGUAUACUGAUUGUGCACUCCUUUUAUUCGAUGUUAUUGGCAGUGAAUAUAACAAAACACUUUGCAAUCUCUGUGUAUUCUGUAGUUGUUCCCUGCUCACUUCUGCUUUUGAAGAAUACCUGUAAAGAGUUUAGAGAUUGCCUAUGCACAGGUAGAACUUCACUUUGCCUCCCGGCUAUUUGAAUCACUUUUAUUGCAUCUGCAGCAUGCUAUGUAAAUUAGCUGCUUGUACCCAUGUUAUUUCAGCAACCUUUUUAGGUUUGUUGAAUGGGGAGGACUUAAUUGCGCAAUUUAGUGUAUUGCCGACCAGUGUCCAAUAUGACACACUCCGCCAAUGCCUCCUCCCCUUAACAAGCUAAUGACCCUACCAUUCUGUAUCCAGCAAUAAAUCUAACAUUGUAUUUCUCAGUGUUGGUUUGAGGUUUUGAAAGCAACAACACACGCUUUUCAUAGGAAAGUAUUCUUAAAAUAGAUUCAUAACCAUCAAUUAAUGGUUUGGGGUAUAGCAACGUUUAUUAAAGGUUAUAUUAAGUAGAUAUGAGUAGACUGGGAAGUUCUCUAACCUAAAUUGUAUGUAUAAAUUACUGUGUAGAGAUGAAAAGUGCUAGCCAUUUGGGAUAUGUGGAAUACCAUCUGCUGUAUCCAGAAUCUAUAUCCUGAAGCAUUGUAUUACACAAUGUAUUGAAACUGCUAUUUUGACUUUGUGUUGCUUUCCAAAUCAUUUUUUUUUUCUCUAACAGAUUUAUAUAUUUACUCAAAUAAGCAUGUUACAAGCCAAAACAUUGGACAGCAAACACGAUGAGAACAAUUCAAACCUGCUUUAUUUGUAGUAUAAAUAUCUCCACUAUUAUUAUUGUUUUGAUUUGUUUAUUUUAAAUUCCCAAUUGUAUAUUCCAUCCCUUAUAAUUACAUCUAUAUGUUUACAUUAUUUUUUUUCUUCCCAGAAAUAUAUAUAUUCCACACACGAUGCCUAAAUUUGUAAUAUAGAACUAGAAGUCCCUUUUAUUAAAUUAUGUAUUAUACAUAGUUUGAAUAAGUUUGCAGGUCAGUAAAUGAUGUGCACAUGCUGUAUGUGUCUCAACAAAUAAAAUUUGUGUAAAAAAGGGCACAAGACAAAAAAAUAUAUCUAAAUGUGAGGACAUGUAUGGCUGUGUCUAAAGUUCAGGUAUCCCACAAGAACCUUGGCUUGUUGGUUGAGUGAAGCAUUAUUUUUCCUGCAAUGUAGAGUAAAAGGGUUGGCUUAUAUAAGCAAUCUGUUGUGG